AUGGAUAUCCUCGUCUCUGCAAUACUAGGUGACCUCGUCAGUAGGUCAGCGUCAUUUGUGAUCAGCAAAUACUUCCAGCAGCAGCCUGGCAUCGGCAAGAUUCUCCAGAGGCUACAGAGUGUCCUACUGAGAAUCAACAUCAUCGUCGAGGAGGCCGAGGGGAGGGAUAUCACCAAUCAGGGUAUGCUCUGUCAGCUCAAGAUGUUGAGGCAAGAAAUGUACAGAGGACACUAUGUUCUUGAUGCCUUGAGAUUCCGAGCCGCCCUUGACGAGGAGGAGGUGAGCCACUCAUCGGCUGCGCUUUGGAAAUCCAGUCCAGCCAAACGGCUUUGUUUCUCUCGCACCGGCAGCAGCAGAGGCAACAGAGAAGCACUGCUAAUUGGCACAAAUAGGAACAUACGAGAAGAGCUGCAACAGAUGGUUGAUACCCUUGAAGACACCAUGGAUGGUAUGAAGGCGAUUCUUUUCUUCUUGGAGUUAUAUACUCGGAUGAUCCGCCAACCUUGCGGCACAUACUUGUUCUUGGACAAUUGCAUGUUUGGUCGCCAAACGGAGCGGCAGUGGAUCCUGAAUUUCUUGCUUAGUCCUGGUGCUACAUCAGAUUUGGCUGUACUUCCGAUCGUUGGCCCAAUAAGAGUAGGGAAGAGCACUCUUGUUGAGAAUGUCUGUAGGGAUGGGAGUGUGCGUGAUCGCUUCUCGAUGAUCCUCUUCUUUCCAGAAAGCAGUCUCAAGGAUGAAGGGGUGGUCGACCUGAGAGAUAACAAUAUUAAAUUCAGACAUCAGAAUUGUGCUUCUCAAAAUAGGUUGCUGAUUAUUAUUGAAACAGACAAGGAUAUUAACGAGGAAACAUCGAGAAGGCUGAAAUCUUCCGCAACCUGCAUGACACCUUGCGGUGAGAGCAAAAUCAUAAUCACUAGUCGGUCAGAUAGAAUUGUGAAUCUGGGAACAACGGAAGCACUUCGACUGGAUUAUCUCUCUCAAGAAGCUUAUUGGCAUUUUUUCAAGUCAAUUGCAUUCGGGAGCAUAAACCCCGGGGAGCAUCCAAAACUGGCAACUAUGGCUAUGGAGAUUGCUUUGGAACAGACACAGUGUUUCACAAGCGCGCGUAUCGUUGCUGAGUUACUGCAACAUAACUUCAAUGCUCGAUUCUGGCGCACAGUUCUUGAAUGUGUAAGAGAAAGUAAACAGAUAAAUCACAUUAUGUUUGGCCAGCACCUACCUUCUUUUGCGGGAAGAUGCACCGGUGUAUUGUUGGAGAUUAGUGAAGAUACACAGAUAUUUCUUGUUUUGCAACCAUCAGCAGUCAUAUUCCGAUGA